UUUAACCUUUGAAUUCUUUGGGUCUCUGAAUAAUAAAUUUUUGGCACACAACGCAUAGCAUGUGUUUGAAUAAUAUAUUUUCGAAUCAAUGUGUGCUUUGAUAGUCAGGGAAUUUAUUUAACUUUAGUUUAUUGGCAACAUUCGCCAUUCGCAGUUCUACGCUCGCAAAAUGAUUAAGAUCGGAAUUUAUUUUUUGUACGCCUUUGUGGCCUACAAUCUGUACGGAAUAGCUAAGGGUGAAAAUAAUACGGAUUCAGUUUGUAUCCUGAAGGAUGCCCCAACUCAAUGUGGGGCAUUUUGUCUCGAUGCUCAGAGGCCAAUUAUUGAAAAGUUAAUUAUUCUUGCCAAAUUACUCAAUAACACUCAGGAGAAGGUGGAUAGAAUUCUUAAUGCAACCCAGGAGAGACUGGAAAAAGUGGAUUGUACUAUCCCCAAUUUAGAAACAAAACCAAUAGAAGUGGCAACGGCAAACAUACCGCAAGGAUUUGAGCAGAUUGGAUCGAGAUAUUUUUAUAUUGAAAACAAUAUUGAACUAAAUUGGGCUGAUGCUGAAACUGCCUGCCGUCAAAAGGGAGGUUAUCUGGCGGCCUUCGAAAACCUGCAAGAGUUUAACGCCGUCCAAUCGAAACUUAAGGCUCAUUGGUACUGGCUGGGCAUCAAUGAAAUCGCCAGAGAAGGCGAAUUUGUAUCUGUGGCCUCUGGCAAGCCAGCAACUAUAUUCAAGUGGCAUUUUGGCCAGCCCGACAAUGAUCAGGGCAAAGAGGACUGUGUGGCCAUGUACUACAGCUCUAUAGAUGAUGGUUUGUGUGAUAAUAAAAACUAUUUUAUUUGUCAACUAGACAAUGAAGUUUAGUAAAAACACAGAAUACUACGAAUACAUAACUAAAUUCUUGGUGAUGGAUCUCUCUACUUAUAAAAAUAUAUCAUUAAA